AUGGCUUCCUCCGAUCUGAGCGUCCUCAAGGACAUGGGUUUCGAUGCCCAAAGAGCCGAGAUAGCUGUCAAGAAGACAGGUGGAUUGCAAGGGGCUUUACAGUGGCUUGAGGAUAACCAAGACAAGACCAUCGAAGAGAUCACUGCGAACGCACCCUCAGCCGAAUCCGAAGAGACAGACCCAGCCAUCGAGCCCGAAGCUUUGAAGGAUGGCGAGGUUGCAAGAUCAAUGGUGUGCAAUAUAUGCCAGAAGAAGUUUAGGAGUAUGGCUCAGGCGGAAUUCCAUGCUUCGAAGACCGAGCACGUCGAUUUCUCCGAAUCUACUGAAGAGAUCGCCCCUCUUACCGAAGAAGAGAAGAAGCAAAAGCUAGAAGAACUCCGAGCAAAAGCUUCAGAGAGGAAAGCCAAGCAAUCCAUCGCCGACAAGGAAGAGCAGAAGAAGAACGAGAAAAUCCGCAUGAAAUCGACUCGCGAAAUCCAAGACGUAAAAGAAGAACUCGCCAAACAAGAACAGAUCAAAGCAGCCUCCGCAAAGCGUGCCGAAAAAGCCGCCGACAUCGCGGCCAAGAAACGCAUCCAAGAAAAGAUAGCCGCAGACAAAGAGACGCGCCGUCUGAAAGCUGAGACCCUGAAAGCUGAACGCGAAGGCCGCGCCGCUCCUGCGGCCCCUGCAUUCGAGCACCCCGUAGCGCCGACGGAGAAGAAAGUAAACACGCAUACGGAAGCGAGGUUGCGGUUGCAGUUGGCCACCGGGGGAACGGUGAUGAAGACGUUCGGGGCGGAUACUACGCUGUUCGAGGUCGCGGAGGCCGUUAAGGGGGAGAAUGGCGGGAGCGUGGGGAGUUUUACCAUGAAUUUCCCGAGGAAGACGUUUGAGGGGAGUGUAGAUUUUGGGAAAACGGUGAAGGAGGCGGGGUUGGUGCCCUCUGCUGUCCUAAUUGUGAAGUGA